AUGCGCUGCUUGACCUUCCUGGUGGUGCUCCAGAUUCUCAACGGCUCCUGCGCCUCUGCAGCAGAGAGCUGUGAGACCGAUGAGCUAGCGGCUGUUCAGGUGCUCCGUCGCAGUGAAGAUGCAAGACCCCGAAGGCUCAUUCGCAAGUUCAAGCGUGCCAUCUAUGAGUGGAGCAAGAAGAAGAAGUACUACUACAAGACCACCACGCCUGCUCCGCCUCCGCCGCCCCCACCGUCUCCUCCCAGCCCAUGUCCAGGAGGUGGGAAGAGUUGCUGCACCUUCAACCGCAUCGGAUUCUUUGAGGGUUGUCAGCAGCUCGAUGCGACCUGCAACGACACGGACCAAAGGUUCAAAAUUGACUCUGUGGAUGUGACGGAGGACCUGAAGACCGCUGUCUACACAAGCAUGAGACAAUACCUCAACAUGUACACGAUCGGCUUCGUGGACAUUACCGAUGCGGCGGUACCCACCCCCUGGGUACGCUGA